UGAUUCGAAUUACGGUCCUUCCCUAGAUGUUCUUGUCCAUGGGAUGCGCCUUCCCCCGCCUCAAACUCCCUUCCCUGCAAAACUGGAGAUGACUCAGGUUCCCAGCAGGAAACACCAUGCAUGUUUGGCGACGUCUGCCUCGACCAUCUUUGGACCAACAGCUUCAUGCAUUCCAGUUUGCUAUGGUUUUCUAGGCCCUUGCAAUCGCUACACGACAGGCCAGCUAUGUGCAGAUCAGACUGACAUUCCUUUUUGGAAAUUGGGCUCGUUUGCGCUUUAUCCCCUCAGUCGGUGGUUCGUUGCGCCGCAGAGAUGUCUGGGUUCUUCUGUUGCACUGGACCUGGCACUCAUGAGACGACAGCAAGCCUAGACCCUGUUGGCUCACCACCAUCCGAGGCAUCCAACGAGUUUACGCAUGUCAAUGCAUCCUUAGAAUCAACCCAACUCGGAACAAACGACGGCAGCGGACCUGGAAGGCUCGACGAACCUGCUGCCUCUGGGUCGGACCACGACGGUGAACAAGAUCAGGAACCUCGCAACGCGAGCCCCAAUUCCGCUCAUCUGGUCAAUACCCACCUUCCACAGUGCUCAUCCCAAGAGACCCUCUCUCAGCACGGAUAUCCCCUAGAUUCUGGCAGUGACGAGGUUACCCUGCGACCUGAACCCAAAGGUCUGAUUCCCACGGGAAGCCGAGAGGAACCAGGCAGUGGGGCAGGACAAGAGACAGUGUGCGAAAUUUCAUUGGAAACCCACACCGGUCCCAACUGUUUUCAGCCAGCUUGCCAAAGUAGGCUCUGGGAAAGCAGCUCUCCUCCUUCAGCGCCCUCCUCCCCCUCCUCCCCAAACUUGGUCCCUAAGCUCUUCCAAAGCACGUCUUCGCCAUAUACUGCCGGCCAACUUUGUGGUGCCCUGGACAUUGAACAGGAAGAUGUCUUUCAAGGCAAGUCUUCAAGUCAGACAGCUAGGACUGAUCCAUCAGGGGAGCAAUCGGCUCGCCCUCCGUCGCUGGUUAUCUCGACCUCAACCAAUAUCCGACUUCUGAAGAGAUGCGUUUCCCUCCCAACCCUGGGAAGGGACUCUUGGAGCCUCCCAGGGCUUGGUGUUUCCAAAGGCCAAGACAUGCAAAGCCAUGAACGGCAUAGUACAAUACCAGCACACUCUUCUAGCCGCUCCGUAUCCGGUCAGAAAUAUCAGCUACCAGGUUUAGGUCCGCGAACUGCAUCCAACCCUCAAUUUACCUCACCUGCGGACAGUCAACCGGCCGUUGAGUACGGCCCAACGCCAAUCCCAGAGGAUGGAGCAUCUACUAGUAGCAAUUCUUGGGUUCCUUCUACCACUCACAACGUUCGGCCGAGCCCCCGAACCUCUACGUCUCACCGCCAGGGCUGGUUUCGAAGAAGGUUCAUGGCUUUUCGCCGCCCAUUGAAGCAUCGACCUUAUGCACCCGCAACUUCUCCAGGAUCCAGCAAUACUUCGUGCUCAUACUUUACCAAUAUAGUAACUCACUGCCUCCCGCAUCUCGAGACGCGCAAAAGGGGGGCGGAGAAUUAUUCAGACGUGGCACCUGAGAUAUCCCGCAAUCCUGAGCCAGAAGCUAAAGGAGUCUCCCAGCUCCACUUCCGUCGUGAUCGACCACCCUCGGUGCACUGGGAGUCCCGCGACACCUCCGAUGCAUCUUCCAAGAACCGCCAACCGAUAUCCUUUACUUUCCCCUGGUUUCAUCCUGGUCGUGCAAGAGGAAUUCAACUGGGCCAAAAGCGCUUCGAUGGGGCCGGCCCUGCAAGCGUCACACGCUCGUCCCCUCUGCCUGGAAUUUUGGUUUCUCGUGACACCACAAGCACCUCCUCCAGUUCAAACCUUCGCGGAGGGGCUUCCGAGGAUUCCCUCUUGCCAAACAGCUUAACCUCUCAGAAAGAUGCUAGGAUAUGGAGCUCCGAGACCCGCAGGAGUAGUGGUGUGCAGCAUCUAGCCGACUGCGGCAACCAUCAGGGCAAGAUUCAGGAGCUCAGCAACAUGAAAGGAAUAGGCAUGCCCAACUAUAGCACAAGUAUCUCGUCUCCCAAGCGCUCCGGUGGUCACUCUCCAGAAAAUCCUGCGACUGUGAUGAAAUCACUUGGCGAAUAUUCCUACGAAUUCUCCAAGCAGUCUCGGCAAACCCUUGCGAAUGGAUCCUGUCAGCUUCAGGGCGAACGCGGUAUGAACAUUCCGGAUAGACAGACAACACAAUCCCCAGCAAAGUUUUCAGGACCUCCGCGCGCGUGGGCUCGUUUCCCGACGCACUCCCGAGCCGAGCGGAAUGGGCCUGCAGGGCUAGCAGACGGAGUUGUGUCCAAGGACUUCUCUGACAUGAUGCCACAGCCACAAAACGGGACUCAGAUUAACAAGGCACCGAUUGUUCCUAGUCAGAAGACAACCCCUGGAACUGGGACAAUGUCUGGAAAAAUUGGGAGAAAGAUGAAAUCCGGGUUGAAGAAAAUCCACACCAUCUCAGUUGACUUAUUGAAGAGCCGCCAGCGGGGCCAGGAGAAAGCAAAGGCCUUUGAGAAUACCAACCUGGAUUCCCCUCUAUUCGCCACCGAUUACAAGAAAAAAAAGAGUCCCAGGGAUGAGACGGAUCUGGCGAAAACAUUCUAUGGCCUAGGUCAAGAAGUGGUAUCAUAUGGCGCUCCCAGCAAUAUCGAUGAGCGUACCGUUAGAGUGAGGUUGGGUUCGAGUCUACGCGGCAUCGCUCCAGCCACGCCAGUAAGCCCCAGCAUGGCUAGAGAGGGUUCGAGCACUACCACCGAAGAGUACCUUACAGCCUCGAGUCGCAUGUCUCAAAGCACAUCUCGCAGCAACGGCAGCGGCAGUCUAUCAUUUCAAUCAGACCCCCGAGGUGACCGCCGGUCGCGAGACAUCCAACGUCGAGAUAGCAGCUUUACGGAUCAGAAUGCGGACGCCCAAUCGGUCAAAAGCGAUUCAACUGUGAUCCGAAGGUCCCGACUUGACAUACUUAGACCUGAUGCAUUCUGGCGCGGGGCAUCGGCUACUUAUCAGGGGAGAACAGGGGCGAGAGGUGGACUGACAUGGGACGGGCCGAAAUUAAUGAAGAGUGCCCCAGAGUUUGGUGUUGGACUAGAGGACAUGGCCUUCGUGAAGGCAAACUAUGAGGCCUGCUUGCGCAAUUGGGAUUCGACCCAUGGCGCUCGUCUCGAAGGGGCUGCUGUUGAGGCUUGAGAGGCUGGGAGGGAGUCGCAUGAGGGUUAGGCAUUUUACUUGUUGGUCUCAUGGGGGGAAAGGCCAUGUAUCCUCUCAUUAGCUAUCACUAGAU